GGCAGCUGGUUGGCAGACAGGCCUGUCAGUCUCUUCCCCUCUCUCCCCGCCCCCCGGCCAGCCGGGCAGUAGCAUCAGGAAGAGUCUCACGCAGGACAGGGCAGUAAACUGUCCAAGGGUCUUUCAAGAGGAUUCGCUGCUUAAUAGUUUCGUCACUAAAAUGAUUCAACAGUCAAUGAAAAUUUAAAGAAAAAAAAUCUAACCAUUAGAGAAUGGCAGGAUUCCUAGACAAUUUCCGAUGGCCAGAGUGUGAGUGUAUUGACUGGAGUGAAAGAAGAAAUGCAGUUGCUUCAGUGGUUGCAGGUGUACUGUUUUUCACAGGCUGGUGGAUAAUGAUAGAUGCUGCAGUAGUAUAUCCUAAACCAGAACAAAUGAACCAUGCAUUCCACACCUGUGGAGUGUUUUCCACAUUAGCUUUUUUCAUGAUAAAUGCUGUAUCAAAUGCACAGGUGAGAGGAGAUAGCUACAGCGAUGGAUGUCUAGGAAGAACAGGUGCUCGUGUAUGGCUCUUUAUUGGUUUCAUGUUGAUGUUUGGUUCACUUAUUGCUUCAAUGUGGAUCCUUUUUGGAGCAUAUGUCACACAAAACACAAAUGUGUACCCAGGAUUAGCUGUGUUUUUUCAAAAUGCAUUGAUAUUUUUUAGUACUCUGAUCUACAAAUUUGGAAGAACAGAAGAGUUAUGGGUAUAAUAUCAAAGUUGGUGUUAAUUCCAUGCCCUUUACAUCAUAUGCUGUAUCUAGACAUCCUUGGGUUUUUAUUUUACAUUUUGCUAAAUACUCACGAUGUUGCAAUUACUUUUUUUGCUUUCUCUAAAUUGAACUUGAUUUAAAAAAAUGUUUUGACAGUUUCUGUAAUUAGUUCCUUUUUAUUCAUAGACCAGACUUGUGAAUAUGUACAUAAAUGGCUGGGUAUGUAUAUAUCUUAGAAGCAAAUGUUAUUUUUAUUUCUGAAGUCUUCAGGCUGACUUCUGCUGAUGCAUGAACUUGCAUCAACACGUAGGAUCUAAUCCUGCAAACCCUAACACAUGUAACACAAGUUUCAGUUGAACUACUCAAGCAAGUAAGAGUUUGCAGGAUCAAGCCCAUACUUGUGUCAAAUCAACUAUUGCUUUUUGCACUGGUGGGCUAUAGCUGAUUUUACAAGCUAUGCAGCAGUGCCCAGUUGGAUACCUCAAAGCAGAAGUGAGUCCUUAAAGUGUUUCAGCUAAAUGUAUGGUUAGUUAAGAGGGAAAAAUUGUGAUGAUAUCCUGGGCUAUGAAUGAGAUUUUAAUAAUUUUAUAUAAAGGUAUGAAAGUCAAAUAUAGAAUAGCUUUUGAACUAUUUUUAAAAGGUGGAGACUUUGUCCCUUUGUUAAAAUGUGAAUGACAAAUCAACUAAUUUUCAAGCCUGUAAUUAUAGCACAAAUACAAUUUAAUGGCAUGAUUCUUUGUAAAAUUGAGCACACUUGCUGGUGUUCACUAACUUAUACCAUUAGCUAUAUUUACCAUUACAUUCAAGAAAAACCUAAAUUCAUCUGAAACUGAUAUAUUUGGACAUGAAGAACACAUGAAACAUUAAUAUUUUAAAGUUACAGUAAUACCACUUUUCUUCACGAAUUUUUUUGCUGAUGAAAUGUGUGGCAGGAGUGCCCUUUCUCAUUGUUAAUGAAACUGUCUAUUUCAAUAGAGGAAUAUAGUGGAAAAAUAAAUCACUACUGUAUUUUUUUCAAGACAGCAAUUUCUUGGAGGUACUUUGGGCUAAACUUCUCAAGCGAGGGCUUGUUUCCCCAAUCAAUCUCACUAGGUCUAACUGGAGAAGACCAAAAGGAAGAAGAAGCUGAUGUUUUUCUAUCUAUAUUGGAUGGUCUUGUAUAUGUUUUACAGUUAUAUUACAAGUUUGACAUCCUCUUAUCAGUUUUACCUAGAUAUAAAGCAUUUAGCAUAAAGGGAGACUAUCUUGUGUCUCAGCUUUUAUAAUUUUUUAUGUACCAUAAGCUUGCUCCACAAGCAGUAUUAACGUAACUUUGACAGCAAGAAAACUAUUCCAUACACAGCAAUUAAUUUUCCUGUUAAUUUGAUUUCUUCCCACCCACUCCUUUCUGUCAGUCUUUCUAGGGGGCAUAAUAUGAAGCAAAUGUUGUAGCUGAGAGUUGUGCCCUUGCCUUGACUAUUACUUCUGCCCUGAUUUGUCCAUCAAACUGUGCAAGUUCAUUCUGAAACUUACAUUUGAUGGCAUUAAACUAGGUGAAUUGUAUAGAACGUGUUUGCUCAAUUAUAACUACAGUGAAAUACAAUAAAGGAUUCCUGAGACUAG